UUUCUUUUGUACCAGGUGAGUCAUCUCAAAGGACAAAUACGUGUACGUGUGCUGGUGUCUUUUCUGAACCGUGGACGGAGUGAGCCCUCCCAGUCAUAGUUGAUCUGUGCGCGGCUCUCAUGCCUGCCGUGGUGUCUGACUCCGCGAGGAUGGACGCUGUGUCGUUGGGUCUGGUGGCCACACCGGCCCCGCCGCGUCCAAACUGUGCCACCGAUUCAGAGGAAGACUCGGUGAAUGCGGGCAUGCACACCUUCAACCAGACGCACAUGAGGAAGGCCUUCCAGCUGAUGAAUGAGCUCAGGAGUAAAAAGAUGCUGUGUGACGUCCAGCUGGUGGCAGGGAGUGUGGAAGUGCCAGCUCACAGGGUGGUCUUAGCAUCCUGUAGCCCUUACUUCUGUGCCAUGUUUACAGGUGAUAUGAGCGAGAGCAAAGCUCAGCAGGUGGAGAUCAGGGACGUGGACGGGCAGACUUUGAGAAAACUGGUCGACUACAUUUACACCGCUGAGAUAGAGGUCACAGAAGACAAUGUCCAGGUUCUUCUUCCAGCAGCCAGCCUCCUCCAGCUGAUGGAUGUUCGUCAGGUUUGCUGUGAGUUCCUGCAGUCUCAGCUUCACCCCACAAACUGCCUGGGCAUCAGGGCCUUUGCUGACCUGCAUACAUGCACACAGCUCCUCAACCAGGCCCACGCGUACGCUGAGCAGCAUUUCACUGAGGUGGUGCAGGGCGAGGAGUUUCUGGGCCUUUCUCUGCAGCAGGUGUGCAGCCUCAUCUCCAGCGACAAACUCACCGUGUCCACCGAGGAGAAGGUGUUUGAGGCAAUGAUCGCUUGGAUCAAACACGAUAAGCCGGCUCGUUUGGAGAACAUGCCCAAACUAAUGGAGCAUGUCAGACUUCCACUACUCUCCAGAGAUUACCUGGUACAGAUUGUCGAGGAAGAAGCUUUGAUAAAGAACAACAACACCUGCAAAGACUUUCUCAUAGAAGCGAUGAAGUAUCACCUGCUGCCGGCUGACCAGCGGCACCUCAUCAAGACUGACAGGACGCGCCCUCGAACCCCCAUCAGCAUCCCAAAGGUGAUGAUAGUGGUGGGCGGUCAGGCUCCGAAAGCCAUCCGCAGUGUGGAGUGUUACGACUUUCAGGAGGACCGCUGGUACCAGGUAGCCGACCUGCCUUCAAGACGCUGCCGAGCAGGCGUGGUUUCCAUGGCAGGCCGAGUGUAUGCAGUCGGGGGGUUCAACAGUUCGCUGCGGGAGCGAACAGUGGAUGUGUACGACGGGGGAAGAGACCAGUGGAGCGCGGCGGCGAGCAUGCAGGAGAGACGCAGCACGUUGGGAGCUGCUGUGUUGGGGGAUUUACUGUACGCUGUGGGAGGUUUUAACGGAAGCAUAGGUUUGUCGACAGUAGAGGCCUACAAUUAUAAAACCAACGAGUGGAUGUAUGUAGCGCCCAUGAACACGCGUCGCAGCAGUGUGGGUGUAGGCGUGGUGGACGGUAAGUUGUAUGCAGUGGGUGGUUAUGACGGAGCGUCACGUCAGUGUCUCAGUACGGUGGAAGAAUAUGACCCAGUGUCUGACCAGUGGUGCUACGUGGCUGAUAUGAGCACACGGCGAAGUGGAGCAGGUGUUGGUGUGCUGAGCGGUCAGCUGUACGCAGCAGGCGGACAUGACGGCCCUCUGGUGAGGAAGAGUGUUGAGGUGUACGACCCCCAGACCAACUCCUGGAGACUGGUUUGCGACAUGAAUAUGUGCCGACGGAAUGCAGGUGUCUGUGCCAUUAACGGGCUGCUGUAUGUGAUUGGGGGAGACGAUGGUUCCUGUAACCUCUCCUCUGUAGAGUUUUAUAACCCUGCCACAGACAAGUGGAGCCUCAUUCCCACCAACAUGAGCAACGGGCGCAGCUACGCUGGGGUAGCAGUGAUCGACAAGCCGCUAUGACCCGGGGCCAUCAGCUCUGCGUCAGCAGACACUUUCACAGAGGCUCACACUGAUGUCUCAAGCUCAAUGGACGUAGAUGAGACGGCCCCAGUCCUCAACUAACGUAACCACAGAUUAGUCUUGGAUUUUGCGUGUGUUCUGGGGGAAAAGCCACAACCAGAUUUAGUUGGCAUCUCCAAACUAUUAGAGCUCCAGGAGAUCCAGAUGUUGCACCGGAGAAGAAUCUACAGGUUGAUGAGCGUCUAUGAACUUCCAGUGAGAAGUUUUUUUUUUUAAUGCCAAGCACAUAAGUAGCAGCUGUAUCAGCUGUCACAAGAAGAAAGACUGAUUAUCUCGAUGGGACUGCACCAGAUCAGCCAAAUGGACAGAAGUGCUUUAUAUGGUUCAUUGCUAUAUGAUGGACUACAUGAAAACCUCAAAACACCAGCUGACAAUGACAUCAACUGACCGCACAAAACGUAGUGUUUCAGGAGGACUCUUGGCUGCUGACAACAUUACGAAUGUUUCUGCAAUAAUUCGCACGUUUCACCUCUGGCCUGACUUCUUUCAUCUGUCUCGGGAGCUUAACAUUGUGCAAAACUUGGUGCACAAAGUGCCCCUCCUGUGCAGGUCAUUAGCAGCUCCAUCUGUUGCACUGAAUCAUGCUGUGUGCUUACAAACACACCUCAGUUACCAGGAAGUAUUUGUUCUAACCCUGGAGGCCUGGACCCACGAGGUAAUAUAAAGAAUGUAGAAAAUGUCUUAUAUGCAAAUUAAGUAUCAUAUUUAAUAUUUUUGAUUUGAAAGAGACUGAGAACCGCUGCGGUGGCGUCAGUCCCGGGCCAGUUAAUUCUGUUGUUGACACACUACUGAUGCACUGAUGACUUGCACUGACUGAUAGACCAGCAGGACGUGUCUCUCUGACUCACUGAUAGACCAGCUGGACGUCUGGACGUCUCUCUGACUGACCAACCUACUGGAUCACCGACCUGCUGUCAGACAGAUGGCCACUCAGCCGUCUGUCUCCAUCACUGAUCUUAAGCUCACUACUCAAAGGCCAAUGAUCUCAUCACAAAUUGUAAAAAAGAAAUGAAACAAAAAUGUGCCAGUUACAGUAUGAUGAUCAGAACAAUGCUGGAGAUGUUUUUAUAACAAACUGAAAUGAAGAAUCUUUUCUUCUUUGAUAAAAUGCACUGUAGACAUUCAGCUGUAAUAUGAUCAUGUAAAAGAUUUUUAUUUAUUGUUUUGGUUCAGUCGAUCACAUAAAAGUGUAUUCCUAUCAGAUUCUCUUCAUUGAUACCCUCUUAUCAUCCAUUCAGAUGAAGGUAGCUAUGUUUUAGGUAUUUAGCUGGUAUUUAACUGGUGCCAUGGGAGGAAGAAAAAAGAUUUAUGCAAGUUGUUUUAUGCUGUUUGGCCAAGCUUAAAAAUCUUGGAUUUACUGGAUGAGUUCCGUUGUUAUUUCAAACCUUCUGGCAAAUAUAUAAUACACAAACAAUAACAUACUGUCAUUUUCUUAGUCGUGUUUUUCUCAUCUUCCACGCUGGUUUCAGUUCUUAUCAUUUCAGACUCUAUGAAACAUGGCCUAUUCGGAGACAGUUUCUUAAUCCAAAUAUGUCCACUUAACAAAAUCAUCAUCUUAGAAUAUUUGAUUGUUAACAUUUUACUGGUAGUAGAUGUCACAGGUUGUGUUGUGCAAUCAGUCAGAUUGUGCUCGUACUGCAGUUAAGAUUUGGUUUUCCAGCAGGAAAGAAUCAAAAGACUAGUAACAGGUUAUUACAUAUCAUUAAAGGGAUGUUGUAACAUUAGCAGCUUUAUUUUGUUGUCAGAUCAUCUUCUGUUGUAGUUGAAAACUCAAACUUUUUAAGGCACUACACAAAGAACAGGUUGUGCGCUAAGAAUUGUGAGGAAGUGGUGUAAAGUAAAUAAAUGCUGUGAUUUUAAGCAGAUGGAUGCUAAAGUCUCUUAUUAGCACAUGAAUGCAUCACAAUUCCAACAUUUCUCCUCAAAACAAACUACUCACUGUUCAGUUGUAUCCAUCUCAUGCAAAGUAAAGUCUGUCAGUGUUUAUGCUAAUGCUUGCUCUGAAAACUGGAACCAGUGGUGGCCUAGAUUGUUUCAAAAAUACGUUAAUCAGUAAGUGAUAACUGUGCAGCUUCUGUACUGUAGAUGGAAUAAAACAAAGUACACCUGUGAGGUUCAUGGAUAAUGUAAAUGUUUGACAAAACAAUGUCGUUUUAAACUAUUCAGUUGCAUUGAUGAUGAAAGAACUGCUCUUAAAUGGACCUUGAGAUUGUUUUGUCAUGUGAAGUUUCCAAAUCAAUAACAUUCUUACUGACUGCAAAUGUUAUAUUUUUUAUAUAAACUGUGAUGGUUGUGAACUAAAUGGUUAAUAUUGUGAUUUGAUGUUUGGGAAAUGGUGUAUGUUGGACGUCUUGAAGCUGGCUGUCUAUUUACAGGUGAUUUGUCAACACAAAUAUCUAAUAUCUAAAAUAUCUAAGCAGGAUUGCAAAAACAAAACAACAAAGCGCUAAACUGGCUAUCGCUUUGUUGUCUGAAAUAGUGAAGUUAUGCAUUUUGCACUUAAAGAGUUUUUUUUUUGACUUGAUUUUUCCACAAGGAAAUAACAGAUGCAAAAUUGUCAGGUUUAAUUUUUCUUCUGCCAAAUUCACAGCAGGUCACGUGGGCAGAUGUUCAUCUUUAGGAAAUGGAUCUUAUCGGAAAAAUUGAAUUAAAAUAAAUUUUGAAGAUGA